AUUGCUAUGUUUGAUAUUUGCGUGUAUUGAUGACAGUUUGGGAAAGAUGAGCUUUGGUUUGACUGGUAUGCUAAAUGAYUCCAACUGCUGUGCCAUAUUCGGAAUGAGAGCUAAACGGUAUUCGAAGUAUUCUUUUGCUCUGUACUUUUGACAUCAGUAGCUUUAUUKUAAGGUCAAAUAUUAGGAAAGAAAUUGCUUUAAAACUGGGCCAAAACGGAAUCGAUUGCAGUUCGAAGUUAUAAAGAAUACAUAAGAAACGGCAAGCGUCUUUUUCAUCUGAUGGGCAAUGGCGCUUAAAGAAGAGCCUGAUUUCUCACAGCCUUGGAAAGUUAGUGAUGUGGUUUUACUUGUAGAAGAUAUGCGCUUUCAUGUACAUACUGGAGUUCUAGCCAUGUGGUCGCCAGUCCUUGAAAAYAUGUUUGCAGAGUUGAGAAGAAAAAACUCAAAAGUUUUGACGCUAGAGAACCAAAAACCUGAMGAAAUUCGACAACUUCUCUUGUKCAUCUAYCCAACUGCUAAACCCAUAACGGAAGGAAACUGUUACUUUUUCCUCGAGUUGGCCAAACAAUUUGAAAUGACUAAAGUCAYAGAAAAAUGCGAGGAAUAUCUCCUGAGCACCCUUAACUCGAGCAGCGAGGUUGUAGACUUGCUUGUAUUGGCCUCWAAGUACAACUUGCCYUCUUUAAGAGAAGAAUGCCUACGCCGAACAAAACAAAUCGACUGGAAAGUUUUUAAACAUCACAAUUURUACACUCAAAUCGACUUGCAGGAUUAUCGCGAAAUCGCCGAGCAAARGAUCCAAUCCCUUCAACUGGAACUCGACGCAGCGAAGAAAAAAGCUGUCAUUUUUGAGAAAGAAGCAAGUGUAUAUUCCCGUCAAAGGGAGGUCUCAAAUGCACYUUCUUCAAACACUGUGAAYGCWGGUCUCGCCAGCCCGAUAUUUCCCCGAAAACAAAUUGUUCAACCAMGGCCACAGAAAUCAAAACCAGUGCAAGUUGUAUUCAACAGCAGUAUUAAUAUUCCCGCGGUGGCKGAUAUCAAGGUACAAGCGCCUCCAGUGCCAAAACGAGCACACUUUCCUAUCAAACCAAUCAUCAAAGAGUUUUAAAGUGAUACCAAAGCCAAUGAAGUUACAAGUAGAGGGUUUUAUGCAUGACAAAAUAGCGUUGGCUUUAAUGAUAGAAACUCUCAAAUGAAGAUAAGAUAUUAGUCAAGGAUGUUACAAUUCUACAAGCCGAUCGAGAAGGUGACCCGACAUGCAAUAAAAAUGUCUGCGGGAGGUUCUAGRCGGCUUUAUUGAGGACCUUAUAGUAUUGGUAUGCGUGCUGUAAUUCAAGAAGCACUAGAAGAUAAGAUCAUAGAUCAAAUAAUAAAAUGAUUAUCAUCUAUUUUUAUARAGACGAAAAAGGCUUUCCCGUUGAUAAAUUGAUAUUUGUAUUAUGCACAUAACAUCUGACCUUCAAAGGAGCUAUUCUUGGUUUGCAGUCACAUGACUACAAAUCCAACUUUAUCCCCGUACUAAUUUUCGCGGGCACUUCCAAACACAGGCUUAUUUCGCGGGCAUUUAUUUUCGCGUUUUUUUCAUGCUUAAUAUAUAAAUGCUUUUAAUUUAUGAACGUUUUUGCCGUUCAUUAACUUCACGAUUUUCUACAAAUCGCGAAACAAAAGAAAGCGAAAAUUAGCGCGAAUAAGGCACGAGAAAAGGAGAGCAAAGGAGAUGUCAGCCAUGUUUGUGUAAAAUAAUAAUAAUAAUAAUAAUAAUAAAUAUAUACAUAGCGACAGAC